CCGCCACGCCGCGCACCCAUGGACGGCCCGGCCAUCAUCACCCAGGUGACCAACCCCAAGGAGGACGAGGGCCGGGCGCCAGGCGCGGGCGAGAAAGCCUCGCAGUGCAAUGUCAGCUUAAAGAAGCAGAGGAGCCGCAGCAUCCUCAGCUCCUUCUUCUGCUGCUUCCGUGAUUACAAUGUGGAGGCCCCUCCGCCCAGCAGCCCCAGUGUGCUUCCGCCGCUGGUGGAGGAGAAUGGUGGGCUCCAGAAGGGUGACCAGAGGCAGGUCAUUCCCAUACCAAGUCCACCAGCUAAAUACCUCCUUCCAGAGGUGACGGUGCUUGACUAUGGAAAGAAAUGUGUGGUCAUUGAUUUAGAUGAAACAUUGGUGCACAGUUCAUUUAAGCCUAUUAGUAAUGCUGAUUUUAUUGUUCCGGUUGAAAUCGAUGGAACUAUACAUCAGGUGUACGUGCUGAAGCGGCCACAUGUGGACGAGUUCCUCCAGAGGAUGGGGCAGCUCUUUGAGUGUGUGCUCUUUACUGCCAGCUUGGCCAAGUAUGCAGACCCUGUGGCUGACCUCCUAGACCGCUGGGGUGUGUUCCGGGCCCGGCUCUUCAGAGAGUCAUGUGUUUUUCACCGUGGGAACUACGUGAAGGACCUGAGUCGCCUUGGACGGGAGCUGAGCAAAGUGAUCAUCGUCGACAAUUCUCCUGCCUCGUACAUCUUCCACCCUGAAAAUGCAGUGCCUGUGCAGUCCUGGUUUGAUGACAUGACGGACACAGAGCUGCUGGACCUCAUCCCCUUCUUUGAGGGCCUGAGCCGGGAGGACGACGUGUACAGCAUGCUGCACAGACUCUGCAAUAGGUAGCCCUGGCCUGGGCCCGCAUCGCGCCUGUGCACUCUGGAACUUCUGGCCUCCGGGGACCUGCCCUCCCUCAGCUCCCCGGGAGCCGAACGUGAGGAUUCUCCGCGCUCCAGGCCACAGGGUGAUUGUGGCCAUGCCUACCUGUUUUGUUUUUUAGAAACAAAUAACUAUUUUAAAAAGAACUCUUUUAACAAAUUUCAUAAAGGGACAUGCAUUUUACUGGAUUUGCUUUUCUUAAAACAUACCAAAAAGAAAAAAAUGAAAAAAAAAAAAGCUUGAUAUCUAUCAGACUUCCUUCCAGCUGUCCUCCCCUACAAGCAGACCAACUGUCCCCUUCUAUUCCAGCUCGGAGCAGCUGACCCAACUCAGAAUCUCUUUCCUACAGGAUGAAGUGCCUUUUGAAUGUUAUUUUAAGCUGAGAGUUAAUUUUUCUACAUAUUUCCAGACAUCUUUUAGUCUUUUAUUGUCUUAGAUACUCUAAGAUGAACACGACAAUUUUCUAGAACCUGGUAGCGUGUGUGUGUGUGGUGGGGGGUUGGUAAGGGAGUGAGUCAUAGGAGCCUGUCUCCCAACAGGUGGGACUUUGCUCUGACCACCUGUGGCAUGCUGCAGGGUCAGGCUCCUGAUAGGAGUGUUUUGUGAUUAUGUCAUUGUCUCCAUGCGUUUCUGACCCAGUUUGGAAUGUAUCGGCAAUUGUGUGGCUCAACACUUUAGGAAACAAUAGAUUCUUUUAUAUUAUUUCAGAUGGUGACAAAUUUGUCUUGAGGUCACAUUUUCCCCUUGAAAAGUGACAUCGUGUCACUUCUCUCUCACACUACUGCCAUACUUCUGUUUUUUGUUGUUUUUGGUAGAGCAGUUAUAAGAAACCCUAAAACCCUUGGAUAUAUUUUUAAAAAUCUGUUUAUUGAGUUUUAAAUUUUUCCUUUCCAAAAGCCGGAUACACAUGGAGUUGUUUGGGAGUUUUCUUUGCUGCUACCGCGCUGCCACCAAAUGGAAUUGACCAGCGGCUAUUACACUGUUCUUUGCCACUGUGCCUAUGAUCAGAAUAUGCUCACUGCUAAGCUACAAACUUGGACAGGGUCAGAAACAUAGGUGUCCCACCCCAUUGCAGACUGCACCAACUGCAUCCCUUCCCUGGCACUGGCCACUGAAGUGUACAAAGGCAAAAGAGCCAAAGCACCACACAGGAGUGGCAUUAAUGUUAAGCUGUCGACAUCAGAUCCUGCUUGACAAGCUGAUGGAGUGUUCUCUCUUGAGAACAUGUGGCCUCAACCAGCCACCAAACUGAUACGGCCCAGGUCCAUCUCUUGGUCUUCUCCUUUGAAGCACAGUCUGUUUCUGAGCCAAGGGUUGGGGAAGCCUGUCUAGAUGUGGGACUCCUUGCCCCAAACCAGCAAGAGGAGGGGCUCCCUCCUCUGAGCCUGGGCUCUCUUUGCAGCCUUUCCCAGUUUGGUGUUUAAGCAGUGCCAUGUUCCUUGUUUGACAACAAGACAGUCUGUAAAGUAUUGCUCUUCAAAAUAAUUUAAAAGAACCCUUUUGUGUUGGCACCAUUGCCUUAGUCCUCUGUGGGUUGGUCCUCAGCCAGAGUUCUGGUGGGAGCGACUGGCACUUAACAAGCCUGGAGAUUGGGGGGGUCAGAGGAAAAUUUCUUAUUUUUGCUUUCAUUCACAAAGUAAUGAAACCAGCUGCCAAUCACAUCCUCCCAGCAGCACUUCGGUCUGUGGACUGCUGUGCAUUCAGAAGGGGAGUAAGUAUUCAGGGGGUAACCAGGUUUCCCAACAUUCUGAGUGUUCUGAACCCAGUAAUCCCCAUGCCAAUGAAAAUAGUAACAGCCCCUUGCUAGGUGUUACCACAGAUAAUGACAAUUACAUGGUAGAUCUGCACAUGCCACAAACCUUUAUUUGGAAAACCAGUCAUUAAAUGAACCCGCUGCCUUAAAUGUCUUGAAUGUUGCAGUCAAGUGUCUGUCGUGCUGAUAUCCACAUAGAACCAGGCCCUGAUGACAGCCUUAGACCCUGACCCGUUCCCCCUUCUUUGUUGGCAUCACAGGGCCUUAGUCGGAAGAGGGGGCAGAGAGGAUUGUAAUUCCAAAAUAUUUCAGGGGAAAUGAAUCUGGGAAUAGUGCUCCACUUCUGACAGAUGGAGUGAAGACACUUGGCAGGCUUGAGCCAGACACUUCACCUAGUAGUUCCUGAAACUGUGAGCACCAGUGCACUAAUCCAGUGUGGGGCUGUUGGGGACAGAGCCCAGUUCCUGCCACCACAGACACAGAAUGUCUUGGGAGGGCCAGGAAAGCCCUCUGAGGGUUCUGGAAUCUGUGCACCUUAUUUGACUACACUCCAAAAUUCCGUUUUUAUUUUAACCCUUGAAUCUGCUCUAUGUACAUAAUCAAAAUAUAUCUAUAUAUAUUUUUAAUCAUCUACAUGUAAAUGAAGCAAUAGAAUUCUAACAUAAGGCCAAGAAAUGAGGUGAAUGUUUGGGGUUUAUGUUUUUUAAGGUAAAUACGGGUAUUGUUUUUAAUUAUUACCUUUUAUUAAAUUGUGGGCUUUAAAACCUAAUGAAACCCUGUUAGCUACUUCUCUGUGCCAUAUACUUUCCAUGUUACCAAAAUACCCCCAACUCUUUAGCCAAAAGAGAGGUCUGACCUCCUGAGUUUCCUUGGUCCUUUCUGUACCAGGUUAAAAUGUAGUCUGCUGGACAAGUAUUUUUUACAUUAAGGUCUGGGGCAGGAUGCCUUGGGUUUGUGGACUCCAGCCCACUGUGAUGUUGUGACUUCUCUGGCCAGGCCUGAGUGGAGGCGCCCAGGCCCUCCUGAUGUCCUUAAUGCUCUGUCUUCCACUUGCUUUGGAAUCUUACGUGUUGGUCUGUGGUUUCACGCCUUAGCUGUUUGUAAACAAUGCAUUUGUAUACUAAAAAGGGACACUGCCUGUCACAGUUGAUGGUUGGUGGGGGGAAGCUCCUUUGAUAUGGUGCAAUUUUGAUGAGAUGACUUUGGGGACGUGAGGAUGCCCUAAUGGCACUGACUUGUCAUGGUUGCAGCAUUUGAAUUUUUGGUGUAAAAAAGAAAUCUGUAAGUCUAUGUAUAACCUGGCAACAUUUUACAACCCUGUAUUUUUAAAAAUGCUUUCUAUUAAAACCCAGAACCACACAGCCCUAUGGUCAAACACUCCUGACGUUUGUGCCUCUGCUUUUAAAGGUGCUGUGCUGGACAGCUGGCAUGCCAGGGUUCAAGAGGAGUGGAUGGCUUGAAGUACUUGCGGUUACCUGUGCAGAAUUGGCUGGCUGCCUCUGUUCCUAUUUUACUGUAAAUUUGAUUGUGUCUGUUCCUGUUCCAUUCUCCCAGGAGCUUCUCUGCAGACUGACACCCCCCAGGUAGUGGAGAUGCUGGCGUCUGGGUAGUCAUGGAUUUCUGUUGGACAUUUGAAUGUGAUAAACAAUCCAGCAUUACUUGGGAAAUGCUACAUGUGGAAUGUGCACGUUUCCAGGGGCAAGUAUUUGUCAAUCAAGAGGUUUGCAAUGAUUUUCUUCCUGCCAAAAAUAAACAUGCGAAACUGCA